AUGAAUAACUCGAAAAGGAAUUCAUCGCUUUUAUCGACUCAAUUGAGUUUGCAAGAGGCAAAGCAAUUACAAGAUGAUGAAAUCGAAGCUAUAAAAGCAAUAUAUAUGGAUGAUUUUGAACCUGUUGCGACACAGAGCGUUUGGAAGCAGGUUGCUCCAACAGUUCAUGAAUUCAAACUUCAUUUGUGUCCGCAUGAGGAAGAAUUAAAAAGACAUGUACGCGUCGAUCUACAUAUAAAAUUUCCAAAAACCUACCCUCGUGUAUCUCCAGACAUUAAGGUUGAAAACGCUCAAGGACUUUCAACGACAAAAUUAAAACAACUUCAAGUUGAAGUCAAUAAAAAGUUGAAGGAAAAUGUUGGUCAAGAAGUUGUUUUUACGAUUGCGGAGUUUGUAAAAGAAUUUAUUACAGUGAAUAAUAAUGGCAUUCCGAGAAUAGUUAAGGUACCUUCUUUUCAUGCACAAAUGUUGAGUAGAAAUGAACACAUGUCAAAGGUUCAACACGAAAAAGAAAUGGAAGAAAUUAUUAGAGCUAAACAAAUCAAAGAGCAAGAGAAAUUAAAUGAAAACUUGACUUUAUUACAAAAGAUUGAAGAGGAAACUCAAAGGCAAUUGGCAAAGAAGGAGGAAGAGAGACAAAAGAGAAAACAAUUGAGAUUUAAAAAUAGUCAGGAUUUAAAGAUGGGAAAUGAUUAUAAUUCGAUGCAGUUUACAAUCGUUGAUUUUGAUUCAUUGAUCAUGUUGAAUCCUGAUGAUUCGCAGUGUGUACCUUUUAAAUCUGUAAUGCUAGGUCCGUCUAUCGGAAAAGGACCAAUCGGUGUAACAUAUAUGGUCCAGGCUACGAAUUUCCAAAUCAGAGGAUCAUCGACCUCUUUGAGGUAUGUUUUAGUCCUUAAAGAUAUUAAAAUAACCGAAUCGCAUUAUUUAGAUCUAGAUGGCAAGAAUAAGCUUGAGGAGAUUGAAAAGGAACUUGAUCGGUUGAAAAAGUUACGUCAUCCAAAUAUAGUUAUCAUUUACGAAUCCGAGCUUAAAAGAUGUCCACAGACCGGUUGGAAUUUAUAUAUUCUUAUGGAAUAUGCAAGAGGUGGAACUCUUGUCGAUUUAUUGAAAAAAUGUGGAGUUGUGAGAUUAUCGUUGGCAAGAGAAUAUAUGAAGCAGUUAUUGACAGCCUUAGACCAUAUACAUAGCAUUAAUUUUAUACAUAAAGAUAUCAAGGCUUCUAAUGUAUUGUUUGUAGAAGUUCCCGGAACAGACGAUUUCAUUGCCAAGUUAUCUGAUAUCAAUUAUCACAGGGAAUUGUUAGAUAUGCACAAUAAUAAUCCAUUCACUCAAAAUUCAUAUCCGGAAGAAAUGAAUAGAUGGCUUUCUCCCGAACAAGUAUCAAAAUCAAAUGCUUAUUCUAGAAAAAAUGACAUUUGGUACAUGGGUGUAAUCUUCGUACAAAUGUUAUUUGGAUUAAAAGUGACUCUAGAUUAUGAUUCUUUGGAUAAUCUCCUUAGUUCCUCUAAACAUGAGAUACCGAAUUCUUUAAAGGAUAUUCUCAAAAGCAUGCUUCAAAUAGAUAUAAAAAAAAGACCAACCCCACUAGAAUUACUGAAUAAUUCCUUCUUUAAUGAGGGGAUCCCUUUUUCCUUAAAAUAUAUGAUGUCACAAGAUCAGCAAAGUUCUGCAUUUGCACUUAACAGAGAAAACUAUAAUGAAAUGGUCAAUGACAAUUUAUCCCAUUAUGCCAUAUCGCCACCUACAUCAGUUCCAAACUCUCAACCUUUUUCGUUUUCAAGAUAUAAACUUGAUUUCGAAGAGCUUGCUUUUCUUGGCAAGGGCGGAUUUGGUGAAGUUGUUAAGGCCAGGAAUAAAUUAGAUGGAAGAUUUUAUGCGAUAAAAAAAGUGUGUCUUAAUCCGAACGAUAUCGAGAAAACGAAAAAGAUUUUGAGAGAAGUUACAACAUUAUCACGUUUACACCAUCAGUAUGUUGUUAGAUAUUAUACGACAUGGUUCGAAGAUUCUGAUAGCAGUUGGAAUGAUACCGAAUCAUUUAGCGAAGAAAUCACGGCAUUAGACGAUGAAGAAUCAGAAUCACUUUCUUCUAAUGCAAUAGAUUUUCAGGAUUUGGAUGAAUUUGAUUUAAUGUUUGAAUCAUCUUCAAAUCGUGGAUAUUCACAAAUACACUUUGAAUCUGAUAGUGAUGAUGAAUUUGAAUUACAAAAUGGAGAUUUGACAAAAGGAGGAUUUGGUGUUAGAAAUAGAACUCCCGGACCCGGAAAAAAGAAUAAUUCAAAAGAAGCGAAAACAAGAAUUCUUUAUAUACAAAUGGAAUAUUGUGAGAAUAAAACGUUGAGAGACAUCAUUGAUUCUGGAAUGAGCAAAUUGUUGAGGGGCUUGAUCCAUCGUGAUUUAAAGCCUAGCAAUAUUUUCUUGGACGCUAAUGGAGAUGUCAAGAUUGGUGACUUUGGAUUGGCAACAACAAACAAUGCUCUGUUUGAUCCUGGUUCAUUUAGAAAUGUGGAAAGAAUAGGAGGAAGCAAUGAAGUUUCUAUGACCGAAGGCAUCGGUACAACUUUAUACGUCGCUCCGGAGGUCACUAGUAGCGCGGUCUUUGUUGACAUAUAUUCUUUGGGAAUAAUAUUUUUCGAAAUAAAUUUCAAGUUUUCUACAGAGAUGGAACGACGUGUGACAAUAAUGAACCUACGCAAGCCAGAGAUAAUUUUUCCAAGAGAAUUUACAAAUCAAAAUAAAAUCAACCUGAUUAAAUGGUGUUUACAACAUGAUGCUAAAGUCCGUCCUUCAAGUUUAGACAUAUUGAAAAGUGAAUUUUUGCCGCCAAAAAUUGAAGAUGAACACCUGCAAGAUUGUAUUAGAACAAUCGCGAAUCCCAAUACACCGUAUUAUCGAGCAUUGAUGUCGAUUUUAUUUUCUCAGUCACUCGAUAAAUCAAAAGAUUAUACUUAUGAUUUUAAUUCGGGAAAUAAUAACUUUGACCAAUUAAGUGCUUUAACAUAUGUCAGAGUUCGCGAUCAUAUGGUUAAAAUAUUUCGACAUCACGGUGCUGUAGAGCUGAAUACACCGUUAUUAAUGCCAAAAUACGAUUUUUACGAAGAAGAUAAGAAGGCUGUUUAUUUAAUUGAUACUGAUGGUGGCCUUGUACAGUUACCGUAUGAUCUAACUGUUCCAUUUACGAGAUAUAUUUCGAGAAAUAACAUAAUGGAUCUAAAAAGAUAUACAUUUGAUCGUGUUUAUAGAGAGAAUACAGUUGGAGGGCAACCACGUAUAAUAAGUGAAGUUGACUUUGAUAUUGUUCAUAGUACUCCUGCACCCAUGGUGGCUGAAGCGGAGAUUUUUAAGAUUGUGGAUGAAAUUCUUCUGGAAUUUCCUCCAAUAAAAUCAGUAAAUUAUGUAUUUUAUAUAAAUCAUACAAAUAUAUUGGAGACAAUAUUUAAAUGUUGUAGAAUUCCUGAAGACAUAAAAAAGGGAGUUUGUGGACUUCUUGGACAAUUAGAUAAGAAGUGCACAUUAUCAAUGAUUAGAGCUCAAUUAAUGAAUAAAUAUCAAUUAUCCAAAAUGGUAUUGGAUGAGUUAGCAUUAUUUGAUUUUAGAGGUGAUUUUGAAUUUGUAUCGAAUUCUCUGGACAAAUUAAUGCCGUCUUCCUCAAUGAAAUCGCGGAUAAGAGAAGUUUUUAAUGAAUUUAAAUUGUUGUUAGAUUAUGCAAAAUCUCUUGGCGUUAAUCACGAAAUAAUAUUCGUUCCAUUAUUAGUGUAUAAUAAUUAUUAUUACAAGAAUGGAAUUAUAUUUCAAGUUGUAGAUGAUAAUAAUCGUAAAGAUGUUUUGGCGGCAGGAGGAAGGUACGAUUGGUUAAUACAACAAUUUCGACAUCCUGUUACCUUAAGUGGAAAAGGAAGAGGUAGACAACCGAUUUAUGGAGUUGGAGUUAAUAUUGCUAUGCAAAAAAUUGUUCUUUCAUUGGAAAAUUAUCAAUCAGCAAUGUUAAAAAUGAUUCUAUCAAAGAAGAUUGAAGAUGAUAGAAGCUUUUGGACCCCUAAAACGUGCGACGUGUACGUAGCAAGCUUUGGUAAAAUAUUGUUACAAGAAAGAUUGGACCUUGUAAGAGAAUUAUGGGCUCAUAAUAUCAAAGCUGAUUUUAUGUAUGAGGAACUAACAGAUCUUACACCUGAAAUUCUGACGAUCAAAUGCAAAAAUCAAGGAAUUAAUUGGAUUGUUAUAAUGAAGCAUAAAAGUCAAGAUUCAUAUACAGCGGGUGCUUCAAGGGAUGCUUUAAUCACCGUAAAGAUAAAAAAUUUAAUUAAAAAGACUGAAGAUGAAGGCAAUGAAAUAUGUGUGAAAUUAAGUGCCGAAAUAACGGAACUUUUGAGAGCAGAUUUAAAGUAUAAUAGAUAUUCUUCAGUUACUCAAGUAGAUCAUUUGUCGCCACACGAUUAUGCAAACACAAGUCUUUCAGCUUCGCCGGAAGCUUCAAGUCACCAAACGAAUUUAUCAAUAAGUGUUGUUGGACCUCUGACUACGCCAAAGAAUAGUAAAAAAAUGAAAUUUAAACAGAAAAAGAUACUUAUAGACAAAGCAAAUGAUAAUAUAUCAAGUAUUAUAGAACAAAUUAAAGGCGGACACGUUCCGGUUUUGGCUGUAGAUCUAAGCAAAGAAUUACUAAGGAAAAUGUCGGAUUGUAAUGUAUUAGAGGAUGAAUCAUUCAAGAAUAAAAUAUUGGAUAUUGCGCCACUUCAUCAAAAAGAAUACGUUCUUGAAGUUCAAGAUACACUAAAAAAGCAACGUAAUCAAGAAGGGCAUAAGCAUGUUUGGUUACAUUCACACAGGGAUGACUUUGGAAUAUUUAUUAAUUAA